CUCAAAAUACAGCAAUACAGGUUUCUUGAGAAUUUAAUGGGUGAAGGAUCCAUAAAGGAACUUGUUGUUGAACUGGACGAAACCAAAAUAUGGAGAAGGGUUUCUAUUACUCGUAGCACAAAAUUUGCAUUUAUUAUAGUUUUCCAUCCAAUAGGAGGUGUUUGAGGUGACUGACAUAUAUGAUGCUCAGAAUCUAACUCACCUAUUGUCUUUACAUUGUGAAAUAAGAUGAAGGAUUCAAUGAACUUAAUAAAACUUCUUUUUCUCUCCACUUUUAAGGCCAACGAGAAGAUGAGGUCCCUCAAAUUAUUAAGUCUUUGCUUUCUUGGCUUCCUGAUCUCCAGUUCUUUCCCAGAAACCAAAGCUGACACCUGUGCCAGGGAAUGGCUUCAAAACCAGGGCAACUGCUAUGCCUAUUUCGAUAACAAGUUGACAUGGCAAGAGGCUGAGAUUGAGUGCCAGAGCUAUGGCCGUGGGGCCCAUCUUGCCUCUGUCCUCACCAAAGCAGAGACCCUUCUGGUGGCUGAACACAUCUCCACUUACCAACAAGAACCAAGCAAUGUCUGGAUUGGGCUCCAUGUUGUUCGUCAGACCAGGAAAUGGAGGUGGGCUGAUGAAUCUGUAUUCAACUACAAGGCAUGGAAAAGUGGCCAGCCCGACAACUACCUUAACUCAGAACACUGUGUAGAACUCCGACUUUCCACAGGUUUUAAGGAAUGGAAUGAUAUCCAGUGCAGGAAUCGCAACGCCUAUAUCUGCAAACAUGAGUUGUAGAACAACCUGUGAAGCACCGUGCUGGGAUGAAAUUGGACUUCACAGUGAUGGAUACUUCUUUGAUGAUAAUUCACUAUAUUUUUUUCCCAUAUGAAUCUGUAAAGAUGACCUUGUCCCUUUCAAAAGACUCUGUUUGCAGUCCCCU